UUCCGUCGAAUCCGUGAUUGGACAAGCUGUGAUGACGUCAUGGGUAAGUCACAACGCUCAGGAAGCGGGAACGCACGACUUGAGCAACUUUAUCACGCUGUUUUGACUGCUGUCGAACAAAAUCCAAAGUCUUAUAUAUGGCAGCCGAGAAGGAAAUAUGGCAAAAGAUAGGAGAGGGCUUUGUCCAGGAAUAUUACAACCAGUUUGACAAUACCAACAGGAUGGGACUCGCUAAUCUCUAUUCACCCAACGCCUGUCUGACAUGGGAAGGAUCUCCCUUUCAAGGCAGAGAGGCUAUUGCCAAUAAGCUAGUUAGCCUGCCUUUCAAGCGGAUCAAGCACAUCAUUACUGAGCAAGACUCCCAACCAACCAUCGACAGUUGCAUCCUCAUCAUGGUCUUUGGACAAUUACAGGCAGAUGAAGAUCCUCCGAUGGCCUUUCAUCAGGUGUUCAUGCUGAAAUCCCAAAACGGUGGUUGGUCUUGCACAAAUGACGUGUUUCGGCUGGGUGUGCACAACAUACCAGUGUAGUGAUCUGGAAUGGAUUUCUCGUCCGCAUAUAUUACAACCUGUUUCGAAUUAACUUUGUUGAUUUUAAACAGAGAGCUGUAUGUAAAGUUUAAUCAAUAAAACAUGAACUCUGUCAUUUCCUGUGGAGCUGCUAUGCAAAAAAUAACAUUCCUAUAAAAUAAAACAAUUUAGUUCUCUAAA